AUGUCCAACACCUACGAUGUCGGCACCAGGGCGUGGCAGCCCGACCAGACCGAGGGCUGGGUGGCCUCCGAGGUCACGCAGAAGACACUCGACGGUGACAACGUCAAGCUGGUCUUCGCGCUCGAGAAUGGCGAGACCAGAGAAAUCCACACGACCGUCCACGAGUUCUCCCGCGAUGCCAUCAACUCCACCCUGCCGCCCUUGAUGAACCCGAGCAUGCUGGAGGCGAGCGACGACCUGACCAACCUCUCGCAUCUCAACGAGCCCGCCGUACUGCAGGCCAUCAAGCUUCGCUAUGCCCAGAAGGAGAUCUACACCUACUCCGGCAUCGUCCUCAUCGCCACCAACCCCUUCGCCAGAGUCGACUCCCUCUACGUCCCCGGCAUGGUUCAGGUGUAUGCGGGCAAGCAACGAGCAUCCCAAGCCCCGCAUCUCUUCGCCAUCGCCGAAGAAGCCUUCGCCGACAUGCUAAGAGACGGCCACAACCAGACAAUCGUCGUGUCCGGCGAGUCCGGCGCGGGCAAGACGGUCAGCGCAAAGUACAUCAUGCGCUACUUCGCAACCCGCGAGAACCCCGAUCAACCUACCUCGCGCGCGAGGGGCCGCGCCGACACCAUGAGCGAGACGGAGGAGCAAAUCCUCGCCACCAACCCCAUCAUGGAGGCGUUUGGCAAUGCAAAGACCACGCGCAACGACAACUCCUCGCGUUUCGGCAAGUACAUCGAGAUCAUGUUCAACAAAACCUACGACAUCAUCGGCGCCCGCAUACGCACAUACCUGCUCGAGCGCUCGAGACUGGUCUUUCAGCCGCUUAAGGAGCGCAAUUAUCACAUCUUCUACCAGCUGGUCGCCGGAGCCACAGAUGCCGAGAGGGCGGAGCUAGGCUUGCCUGCCGUCGAACACAUCGACUAUCUCAAUCAGGGUGCUGCGCCGGAGAUCGAAGGGGUCGAUGAUGGCAAGGACUUCCAGGAAACGCGCUCCUCUUUGACCAGACUCGGCGUCUCCGAAGACACCCAGGCAAACCUCUGGCGCAUCCUCGCCGCCUUGGUGCACAUAGGCAACAUCAAAAUCACCGCAACCCGGACAGACUCCCAACUCGGGCCCGAUGAACCGUCUCUGGUGAAAGCUUGCGAGCUUCUGGGAAUCAAAGCCUCCGAAUUCGCAAAGUGGACGGUCAAGAAACAGCUCGUCACCCGGGGCGAGAAGAUCAUGUCCAACCUAACUCCGCAGCAAGCCACCGUCGUCCGGGAUUCGGUGGCCAAGUACAUCUACUCCUCGCUCUUUGACUGGCUCGUCGAGACCAUGAACGGCUUUCUCGCCCCGGAGUCCGUCGUGGCGGAGAUGAAGACGUUCAUUGGCGUCCUCGAUAUUUACGGAUUCGAGCACUUCGCCAAGAAUAGUUUCGAGCAGUUCUGCAUCAACUACGCCAACGAGAAGCUGCAGCAGGAAUUCAACCAGCACGUCUUCAAGCUGGAGCAGGAGGAGUAUAUGCGAGAACAGAUUGAAUGGAAAUUCAUCGACUUCUCCGACAAUCAGCCCUGCAUCGACCUCAUUGAAGGGAAGCUGGGUAUUCUGGCCUUGCUGGAUGAAGAGUCGAGACUGCCGAUGGGCUCAGACGACAGCUUUGUAACGAAGCUGCAUCACCACUACUCUGCGGACAAGCACGACUUCUACAAAAAACCGCGAUUUGGAAAGAGCGCAUUCACCGUGUGCCAUUACGCAAUCGACGUCACUUACGAAAGCGACGGGUUCAUCGAGAAGAACAGGGAUACCGUGCCUGACGAGCAUCUCGACGUCCUGAAGAAUACGUCCAACACCUUCCUGAGAGAGGUAAUGGAGGCGUCGGCGGUAGUGCGAGAACGAGAGGGCGCAGCCGUGGCUCCCAAGACGAACGGUGUCCCGAGCAAAGCUCGCAGUGCGGCGAAGAAGCCGACGCUUGGUGGCAUCUUCAAGAGUAGUUUGAUUGAGCUGAUGAACACCAUCAAUUCGACCGACGUACACUAUAUUCGAUGCAUCAAGCCGAACGAAAGCAAAGAAGGCUGGAAGUUCGAGGGACCGAUGGUGCUGAGCCAGCUGCGAGCUUGCGGUGUGUUGGAAACGGUCCGCAUCAGUUGUGCCGGGUAUCCGACAAGAUGGACAUACGAGGACUUUGCUCUGCGAUAUUACAUGCUCAUCCAGUCCACCCAAUGGUCGAACGAAGUCCGUCCGAUGGCGAUGGCAAUCCUACGCAAGGCCCUCGGCGAAACAAAGAUGGACGGCUCGGACAAAUAUCAGCUGGGUCUGACCAAGAUCUUCUUCCGCGCAGGCAUGCUUGCCUUUUUGGAAGGCCUGCGAACGGCCCGACUCAAUGCUGCUGCCAUCAUGAUUCAAAAGAACAUGCGUGCGAAAUACCACCGUCGCCGCUACCUCGAGGCAAUCGAAUGCAUCAAAGCAUUUCAGUCCCUCGCACGAGCAGUCAUGGCGCGGCAACGCGCGGAAGAGGCACGAAGGCAGCGUGGCGCCACGACGAUCCAGCGGGUUUGGAGAGGCACGAAGGAGAGAAAGAAAUACCUACGCAUCCGAAACGAUCUCAUCGUCUUUGAAGCGGCGGCAAAGGGAUGGAUAUGCCGAAAGAUGAUCCUCGACAAGAGGCUGGGCGACGCUGCCAGAUGCAUUCAGCGAUCUUGGCGGUCCCACCAACAGCUCAAGUCCUGGAGGGACUACAGGAGAAAGGUUGUGCUUGUGCAGAGCAUGUGGCGUGGUAAGGAGGCCCGGAAAGGGUACAAGACGCUGCGCGAAGAGGCCAGAGACCUGCGACAAAUCUCAUAUAAAUUGGAGAACAAGGUGGUCGAGCUCACGCAGUCGCUGGGGACGAUGCGGAGCGAGAAUCGCACGCUCAAGGGCCAGGUGCAGAACUACGAGUCGCAGAUCAAGAGCUGGCGCGAACGACACGGCGCGCUGGAGACGAGGGCGAACGACCUCCAGCGCGAGGCGAACCAGGCAGGUAUCACGGCCGCGAAGCUCGAAGCGAUGGAGGCCGAUAUGCAUCGGCUGCAGACGAGCUACGAGGACAGCACUGCCAACAUGCGCAGGCUGCAGGAGGAGGAGAAGUCGCUGCGCGAGAGUCUUCGCGUUACCACCCAGGAGCUCGAAGUCACCAGGCAGACCAAGACCGCUUCCGAAACCGAAAAGUUGUCUUUGCGGCAACAGCUCGCAGACCUUCAGGACCAACUGGAAUUGGCGAAGCGAGCGGCCCCAGUAAAUGGAGAGCUUUCCAAUGGCAUCCCGCUGGCUGCGGCGGCCUCGGGACUCAUCAAUCUCGUGUCAUCGAAGAAGCCAAAGCGGAGAAGUGCUGGUCCCGAAGCCAUCAACUCCGAGCGCUUCAGCGGCUCCUUCAAUCCUCGACCGGUGUCCAUGGCCUUCCCAGGAGGAGGACAUGCACAGAACCUGUCCGGCUCUACGUUCAAUCCUCUCGAUAACGUCGAGGUGGAACUUGAGAACUUGCUUGCCGAUGAGGAUGGUCUCAACGACGAGGUCACCAUGGGCUUGAUCCGCAACCUGAAGAUCCCCGCUCCAGGCGCCACCCCUCCGCCAACGGACAAGGAGGUGUUGUUCCCCGCGUACCUCAUCAACCUUGUCACUUCGGAAAUGUGGAACAAUGGAUUUGUGAAGGAGUCUGAACGCUUCCUGGCGAACGUCAUGCAGUCCAUCCAGCAAGAGGUGAUGCAGCACGACGGCGAUGAGGCUGUCAGCCCGGGCGCCUUCUGGCUGUCGAAUGUACACGAGAUGUUAUCGUUCGUUUUCCUGGCAGAGGACUGGUACGAGGCACAGAAGACGGACAAUUUCGAAUAUGACCGUCUGCUCGAGAUUGUUAAGCACGAUUUGGAGAGCCUGGAGUUCAACAUCUACCAUACUUGGAUGAAGGUGCUGAAGAAGAAGCUGCACAAGAUGAUCGUGCCCGCGAUCAUCGAAUCACAAUCCUUGCCCGGCUUUGUGACGAACGAAAGCAAUCGCUUCCUGGGCAAGCUCUUGCAGAGUAACAACCAGCCCGCUUUCAGCAUGGACAAUCUCCUCUCGCUGUUGAACAACGUGUUCAAGGCCAUGAAAUCCUUCUAUCUCGAGGACUCCAUCAUCACCCAGACCGUGACGGAGCUGUUGAGGUUGGUCGGCGUGACGGCUUUCAACGAUCUCUUGAUGCGGAGAAACUUCCUUUCUUGGAAGCGAGGUCUCCAGAUUAAUUACAACAUCACUCGGAUCGAAGAGUGGUGUAAGAGCCACGACAUGCCCGAAGGCACUCUCCAGUUGGAGCAUUUGAUGCAGGCCACGAAGCUGCUACAACUGAAGAAGGCAACGCUGAACGACAUCGAGAUCAUCCAGGAUAUUUGCUGGAUGUUGUCACCCAACCAAAUUCAGAAGCUGUUGAACCAGUACCUGGUCGCAGACUAUGAACAGCCCAUCAAUGGAGAGAUCAUGAAGGCGGUCGCCUCUCGCGUCACCGACCCCAAGUCGGACGUCUUGCUCCUCCAAGCUGUCGACAUGGAAGAUUCGGGUCCAUACGAGAUCGCAGAGCCGCGCGUCAUUACCGCGUUGGAGACGUACACGCCUAGUUGGCUACAGACGCCCCGGCUGAAGCGACUCGCCGAGAUCGUCAGCGCGCAAGCCGUCAUGCAACAGCAACUCGAUGCGAAUGGGGCGGUGGGCAAGUUUGAGGAAGAGGACCACGACCAUGACCACGAUCACUGGCCCACGCCGCCCACAACGAAUGGCAUGAAUGGCCACUACCAUGCGCCCGAAACGCACGACAUCGCGCUGAGCGAAGAUGGUGAUUUGUCGCCGCGGGGAUAG